UGCAUCUAGCAUCUUCCCUAGGGGCAUUUCAAAAAAUAUGUUAGGAAUGUGGUUUUUUUAUUGAAUAAAUGACGUGUAGAGAAAGUACACUCGGAGUUUUAUGUUUAUAAUUUUAGGUUGUACUUAAAAUACGGGUGUUUCUGUUGUUUCAAUUAAGUUUAAAAACCAAAAUGCAUCCUAACAGGAGAAGAAAGAAACGACCUAAUUAUGGCAUAAAAACAGUGGAAGUGAUGAGAGGUCCAAAUGGUUUUGGUUUCACAAUCUCUGGACAACAACCCUGCAUUUUGUCUUGUAUAGUAGCGAACUCUCCAGCAGACCAAGCUGGUCUUAGGGCAGGUGAUUUCUUGAUAUCAGUCAAUGGAACUUCUGUCUCCAAGAUCACUCAUGAUGCAGUUGUGAGUCUCAUAGGAAAUUGUAUAGGUCCCAUCAAGAUGACCAUAGCUGAAAACUACUUUUCAGACAGCAGUGAUGAAGAGUUAGAAUGCAGUAGGAUGGUUACUACUAGGAAGCCUAAAUAUACUCAUAAGCCUAGAGUUCGAAAAGAAGUAAAUAGAGUAGAACUUAAGAAUGUAUCUAAGCAAAUGACAGCUAAUCUUCCUGAUAGAGCAGGGUGUAAUUAUACCGCCCCAGUUCCAGAAAGACAUUUCAACAUUCCUAUGGAAGAUGAAGCUGGUCCUAUAGAAUAUAAGGCAUUGGUUGGUUAUUUGGGAACUAUUGAAAUGCCUAAACAACUACUGCCCAACUCUAGAUUACAGACAGUUUGCAGUUGUAUUAGGAAAUUAAGACAGGAAAAAAGAGCACCAACUGCUAUCCUCAUGACAAUCUUACCCACUUGCCUUACAUUGAAGAACUCUGCCAAUCAAAUUCUUGCCAUAUACCCAACUAGUAGAGUAGUAUAUGUUGGAUCAACUGCAGAUAAGGAGUCUAGAUAUUUUGGACUGGUAACGACAGCCGUCAGUGAAACAAGAUUCCAUGACAACAAUGACAAUGCCUGGAAUUCAGCUGAUAAGAAGAAUAUCAAUGAAAGUAUCGAAAUUUCAAAUAGUUGUCAUGUGUUUGUCAUUGAUCCAAAAAUAAUAGACCAUACUGCUCACCAAUCGAGAGCGGAAAACUUUAAAAUCACUUGUACAAGAAAUACUGUCAAUGGAUACUGUAUGGAGUUUCCUGGGAGUGCCCUGUAUGUUGUUAGUCUCAUUCAAAAUAUGUAUAAACUACAAAACGGCGACAAGGCUGGUGAAAACUUUGGUCCUCUGGUGGCUAAUUCUCCUCAGCCUAGUGCAUCCAGCAAUUCAGAUUCGGGAAUAGGUUUUCGAGAUGACUGUGGCAACAUAAGCGAUAGAAUUCUGGUGGUCGAAUUCCCUCAGCACCGUCCUUUUCCUCUCCAAUCAAAUGUAAAUAGACCACUCGGAAUAGAUGCGGCAAACUUGCCACUCGAAGGACUGGACAUGCCUUUUGAAAAUAGUCAACAAAACGUCUUCUCUCGAGCUGAACCUCAAUGUGUAGAUAACAAACUGCUUAACAAUUUAAAUAACAUCAGAGCCUGUGAAACUAAACCGGAAAGUAACAGUAUCAUCGAGAAUAUCAAGCCUAAAGUUUGCGUAAAAGUGUCGGAUAGUUCUGAUGACAAUACCCAGAGAAUCGAGGAAGGUUUUAGAGAAAGAGCAAUCGAUUGUCCGGAUAGUCCUCAGAAGUUAUCAGUAAAAGAGUUCGCUACAAACCUAGACAGCAAAAGCGGCUCAUUUGAUGACAUUUCCAUGCACAGCUCGAAAAGCAACGAACUCUCUAACCUGCUCAGUAUUUUUAAAGUACCGUUCGAGACUAAAAAGCACAAAAAACAUCUGAAAGUCAGCAGUUGUGACAAUCUCGACAAAUGCAACAGAAAUCUAAUACACCACAAACUGAGUCCGAAGGUCUACGGACUAAAACCGAACUAUAGUUGCGAGGAGCUCAACAACUUGGAGAACAACUUCGAUGUGGGAGACAAGCUGGGGUAUGGCAGUCUGCAAGAUUUGUCGUACCAUGAACACCGCAAGGUGCAGAAGAAUAUACUGAGCGAUCCUGAUGUUAGAAUCGAGCAGCAAGAAGAAGAAUCGUGCGAUGACCAGAACUUUGUGAAAUGUAACUAUUCUGAAGGGCCUUCGGUGUGGGCCGGGUCUUUCGAAAAGCUGUUAGCUGAUCCCUUGGGACUUCACAUGUUUGCGGAAUUCCUAAAGAAAGAAUUCAGCGCAGAAAACAUCUACUUCUGGAUAGCCUGCGAACGUUUCAAAGUAUUAACCUCAGAAAAUGACAGAAGGAACGAAGCCCAAAGAAUAUACCGUCAGCAUUUGUGCGGAGGUGCAGCGGAAGCAGUCAACGUGGACGCGCAGGCGCGUCAAAGCGUCGAGAGGAAUCUGCAUUCCGCCGAUCUGGAUCUCUUUGCGCAGGCGCAGAAACAGAUCUUCAACUUGAUGAAGUUCGACAGUUAUCCGAGAUUCUUGCGAUCGGAUAUAUAUAGGAAGUGUUUGUCCGGGGAAGAGGAUAAAAUUCAGAUAGAUGUUAGGCUUAUUUUACAACCAAUAUCGACGCCCACGAAGCUGAAGAAAUCAGUCAGUAAUGCCGAAGACAGAAGAAGAAAAUCUCUUUUGCCCUGGCACAGGAAAAACCGGUCGAAAUCCAAAGAUCGGGGAGAGAGUGAGUACAACAAACGAGGAAGUGAUCCAAGCUCCGGGGAUUUGAAAAAUAUCGACCCAUCUGAGGUACAUUCCAGCGGAUCAUCCCUGACGUCAUUGGAUAUUGCUGUAUCAUCUCAGGAUCUGAUAAAAGCACAAGCUAGUCAAGAAGAAUUGUCUUCAAAUGUAGCUAGAACGGCAUUGUGUAGAGUUCUUCUGAGUAACGGAAGUACCACCGUCGUCCAAAUCAAACAAUCUGAAACUAUUCAAGGUUUAGUCACGAGAUUAUUGGAGAAAAGAGGUCUGAAGUAUUCUUCCUUUGAGGUGUUCGCAGACAAGCAUUUAAAGUGUGUUAACGUAGAAGAGUCGUCGAUGACGUUGGCUGGAUGCGAAGUGACCGUGGAACAAAGAGUGGUCUUUAAACUCGACCUGCCAAAUAGGAAAAUGAUCAGCAUCAGGUCCAAAUACACAAAAAUCAUCACCGAUGUUCUAAGGCCGAGUUUACAUAAGUACCAAUACAAUCUUGACCAGAUGGUUGUUCUGAAUGGAAAUACUCCGAUAGAUUUACAUCAGCCUGUGACUACAAUCGAUGGGUUUAGGCUAAAAGUGCAAUAUAAAGAAGAUUUCAGACAAGAAAAUCCCAACGUUCCGAUCAAAAACAACAAAGUAAAGUUGGAGGAAAUCACGAACAAAGUUUAUGAAGGUAUUCUACAAGAAAAGUGCGAAUCGCUCAGUUGCAAGCUGACAAAAUCCGAUAGGGGAUCAGUUAAGAGCGAAGACUGGGGUUCGGAGCACUCGUCGACCUUCAUAGGAAAAUUUCUAAGGAGGGAUUCGGGUAUCCACGAAAGAAAAAAGAAAAUUCCGACUAGGUUUAAAGAGGAAACUAUGAGCGAUCAAAGUCAAAUGAAAAAACCGCUUAUUGCCAAAUUGAAAUGUGGUGCCAACAAGUUCAAUCUGGUGCCAUCAAGUGAAAGUGACGAACUGGUGGAAGGUUUGACAAGAGCCCAGCGUAGGAUAGAAGACCAGCGGGGCACGGAGAUCAACUCCGAAUUACCGGAUUUCCUCAAAGACAAAGAAAACGAGCACCUCCAAAAGCAGAGAAGAAGCGAUUUGGAGGGAAGCACGGCGAAAUUUUACCUAGGAGAAACCUCAGUACCUGCCUCAUCCGACAAACUACCCGUCAUAUCGUCAGCUAAAAACAUGAAACUAGAGCUGCAGUCGAACUACGAAAACAGGAACGUUUUGGUCGGAAGUAAAUACCAAGAUUCAAGAUACGAUAUUAAAUCAUCCCCUAGUAAGUCGGAAGGGGUUCAGUCGACUACGUCGCCGGUUAAAAGUACAAUCACUUCCGUGGACAGGAUGGAACCACCUCCCUUACCACCCAAGCCCAAAGUAAUGCCCAUUAAGCCACCGAACUGGGGCCAAGUGAACGGUUUCUACAAGAGCAAAGAUAUUCCUUCUACAGACAGGAAACAGGCGAUGUUUCUGGAGCAGUCAUCUAGCAGCUUUGUGUGAAAGUACUUUUUGUAUAUGAAUGUUGUGUCGGCGAAUCUGUUUUAACCUUUUUUAGCUUUAAUUUUAAUAUUUAUUGAUACAUUAUUGUAUUAGAGAAGUAUUAUAUUUAAUAUUUAAAUAUAUUAUAUAUAUUUUGUUAAUAGUUAUUUAUUUUUAAUAGCGCUAAUAAAAAUUUAUAUUGAGA